AAGUGUCCGUAUCACGUAAGCACUAUAGUAUCGUUGGAAAGUAUGUAAAGUUGGAUUCUUUGUAACGUUAUUUAAAUAUUUUCUGGGAGCCACGGUGUAUUCCAGAAACUGUUUAGAAAUGCUGUUGAGUCAUUGUUUUGGUUAUUCCUCUAUUUUUUUAACACCUUGGCUAAGUGAGGGUGCUAAAUUGUCCCUGUUGUGUUAAUUUGUCCGUUUUUGUUUCCAUAGACGGUUAAAGAGGUUAUUAUCUCAUAAUGUUGGCCCACUUGGUGCGCUUGUGGUACACCGGAAGUAAUAAGCAAUACUUCCUUGGCAACCUGGCGAGUGCCUAGCAACUACUGUCUGCAAACAGGCAGGAUAAUGGCGAAGAAAAUCGGAGCAAAAAAAUCCCUUUUGCAACAAGGGAGUGAAGAGUAUGAAGCUGAGCAGCCCAGUACCCCCAGUAAUGUGUGGACAGAGAGCCGCUCAGUGAGCACGAAGCGCUCCCCGUACAGCGCCAGCGCACACUCCCCUUCAAGCCAGACGUGGCCGUCAACCGCUGCAACGAUAUCACCUCCACAACUACAUGGAGGUCCUGUCAAACGGUUUUUGGAGAAGAGAGUGUUUCCAGUGUUGUUGCCUGGACUGGAGGCUUUGCUGACAGAAGCUCAGAAACAUGGCUGUUUCGAGAAAAAAAAAACUGCAUUCAACCCAUGCGACUUCCUGACUAAGUGGCUCUACAACCACAACCCCCGCAGGCGAGAACAGGUUCCAGUGAACUUUAAUGACAUCCCUUUUGUCAAGCAGUGGCUCAGUGUGCAUCCCAGGCCUCCCAUCCCUCUGUUUCUACUGCUGAGCAAGGGUCAGGCUGCUCUGCUUAUCCAGGCUUUCUGGAGGGGAUACAAGAUCAGGGCACGCCCAGAUGUGCAGGAGCUGCGUCAGUGGCAGAAAGAACUGAGAGAGAACAGUGACAUUGCCAAAACUGUCGAGCAGUUCUGGGCCCAACAAGAGAGCCGAGUGGGCUCUUCCAUGGCAGAUCUUCCAGAAAGCCCCCAGCUCGCUGACUCAGAUGUGUCCAUCCAGGUGGUUUGCCCCACCCCCCAGAGCACCAUGGUCCACACCCCCCAGUUAACCCCUGAGGGCAGUGUUCGGCUGACCCCCAGCCUGUGAAGCGUGGAGAAAAUGGCCUCCACACAUCACCAACUGAUUUCCUGCCUGUAUCUGUGCAUGGUGACAAAUCCCUGACUGCAGCGUCUCCUUCUUUACUAGGAACUUAAAACCUGAGCUAGUCUAGCAGAAACUGAGAUCAAUGGCUCUGAUAGCUAUGUUUCUUUGGUGUUUAAAGGCUAUUAAACUCUGUUAGGUUGAUGUCAAACUGACUAAAGUAAUCAGUCAAACAAGCCAUUAAAAACGCCUGUAACCAAUUGGAUAUGGCCAGGCAGGGAUUUAUGAUCCGAGAUUCGUGUCUAAUUAGUUGAUUGCUUUUAUUGCCUUUGACGGAUCACUUCCCUUCAUGAGUCUCACCCAACAAAUGAACACCAUAUACAUUAGUACAGUUCACAUAUUAUUUUUAGUCGGGAGUGAAGCCUCCUUUAACAGACUUAGUAUUUCCUUGCAGCAACUUUGCCUAGUUUCUCACUGGAAGAUCCGAAUCCAAAAGAACCAAAUCGUAUUUCCUUGCUUUGUUAUUUCCGUUUUACUUAUCAAUACAUAUCCCUCUACAAAAAAGGUUAUAGCCUUUCCAUUCAAGCCAGGAAGUGAGGCCAGAGUGAAAGGUGAGUCAGCGAGCAGAGCAGCACUUUCUAUCCUGCUUAUCAGGAAAAGGAAAUUACGAUGUCAGAGAAACGGGAUAUAAAAAAAGAGGGUUUUUUUUUUAAUUACCUGAGAUCACUGGUGGGUUAGUAACCGCUAUCUGACAGAGCAGCAAACAGGAAUAUGAUAUUUUGCCUUAGAUAUCCCCCUAUUAUAAUCUUCCUGGAGCUUACGGUUUUACAAAUUUACAAUAACCCUGUUGUAUAUGUCCUGACACUAUGUGGAUUGAAUGUUGGCUUCAGUAAGGCAAGUUGAACAUUAUAGCAUAUUUAUAUAGCCUAUGGAAAAGCAACUUAAUGUCAUAGAGG